UAUUGAUACCAUAUAUCGGACUCAAAAUAGUUAACUCGAUUUCUGCCGCUCUAGAAGACCAGAGAUGUUUCAAUCUUUACAGAUUCCUAUGCGAUUCUCCAGCAGAGUCUGUGUUGAGUUUUUGUUCUAUGAUACCUGGCACCAGAUGGCCGCAAUUAAAUAAUGUGUGGAUGCAAUUUAUUACUACUUUUGUAACCAAAAAAUACGAUUUUAGUUCACAGGAAUUCCGCUACGCGGAGGCAUAAAUAUGCUCACUGGAGCUUUGCCUUCAUUCCGUAGAUUAUUUUGGUUCCUCUUAUAAAAAUCAUUGACAACGCUGCAUGUCGCGUCUAUACGUAUAACAAUAUGAUCUAUCCAGUCGUAUCUUGAUUCCCGACGUUUUGAGUACGAUUUUGCAGCCAGUGAGUUUCUUUUGCCUGUUAGGUACUUGUUAAAUACGAGUAACUUUCUUUGAGAUCGAAAUGGCUAGCAGUCAAGAAGAGGUGAUGAAAUUCUGGAAUAACAGAAAAACAAAUAGAUGGCUUUGUAACAGAUCAUUAUCUCCAAGUGAGGACAAGAGUGGAAAUGAUACUAGACAAGAGAAGGAAAUGGAGAAUGAGCCGCCAUUGAUUUGUGCUGGUGAAGGCGAAUCUGCAGAGCCCUCUAGACACGCAGCAUCGAAGAAAUAUAAACGCCAGACCGAUAUGUGUUACUUCUGUGAGACGGACGUACAGAACUUUACACAAAAAAAAGUGCUUGGAAGGUCAGUCAGCAAAAAAUGCUCAAUCUGA